CCAUAAGUGCGACGCGCAGGUUGGAAGAUGGUGGGGGAACGCAGCGAGCUCUCUGCUAAUCACUUUCCACUUUGUUUGGAAGUAUCGCCAAUCAGGGCGAAGAUGCGUACUGGAGAUGCGCGAAGAAGGAAAAUUGGUCUUUUCGCAGUUAUGGACACUGGUGAACUGCGGUAUACAUAUUUUGAUCCUUUGAUGCGCGUGCAUCAGAUUACAUACAUCGGAUGCGUGGUUGGUUGGUUAGUUGUCAAGUGAUAAAAGGGGAGAAAUGGCGGACGAGAACGAGGAUCAAUGGUUGUAUGGAGAUUCAACGGACGGAAAAGAAUACGCACCGUCGUCCGUUCAGCCAGAAAACCAAGAAAAUGAUUCGAUUUCCGUUUCUAUACCAGAAAAAUCACAAACUUUGGAAGAUCAAAAAAUGGAAGAUACUCCCGAGCCACCAACAGAGGCAUCCGAGGAGACAGAGCCACCAGAAGAAGAAUCUUCUUCGGCUAAUAACGUUCAAAAUGAAAAUAAUACAGAGAUAAACAAAAAUGGAGUGAGAGAAGCUUCCAGUCAAGAGGAUGGCGAAGCCGCCAGUGACUCGGAUUCCGAUGACGACGUACACGUUGUCAUUGGAGAUAUUAAAUCAACUCCUGCCUAUGGUAGUCUUAAUAUUAAGAGAGGAGGACUACUUACAAACGCGUCAGGUGUACCAGAUAAAUUAAACAAACAGCCAGGAAAGUUUAGCAUAGAUGAAUUUGAAACUAUAGGUGUAAUCAAUGGUAUGCCCGCGCAUGAGUUUAAUCUAGAUCAGUUAGAAGAUAAGCCAUGGAGACAACCUGGUGCAGACAUCACCGAUUAUUUUAAUUAUGGCUUCAAUGAGGAAACAUGGAGAGCUUACUGUGAAAGGCAGAAAAGAAUGAGAAGCGAAUCAGGAGUAGGUUUAAUAUUAAAUGCUGGAGGAGGUGGAGGUAAUGCAGGCAGUAUGAGGGUCCCUCAGGUGGCAAUUACUAACGAUAAUAGCAAAUAUUCCGGUAUAAUGGGACCAAAGAGGGCAGGACCUCCUCCAGGAAGAAAAAUGGCAGGAACGAUAGAUGUAAUUGGUAGCUCAGGGUUAGCCUCUAGGAGGAAUCUCGACAAAUCUCCACCCAAAGGAAACGUGAUACAAGUAAUGACUGCGGAUAGAAGAGAAUAUUCUAGAAAACCAGGUUUUCCUGAUAUGAGUGUACCACCUCCAGGGGCAGGGAUGCCUCCUGCAUUUGACAUGCCACCUCCCGGAUAUCCUGGAGAACCUGCUCCCUUUUACAUGCCAGAAACAGACCCGUAUUAUCAAAGCUACGAACCCACCCAGGAUAAUCAAUGGGGCAAUGAUCCGACGUGGCAGCCGACGAAUUUAGCUAUCCCGAUGACAGAAGGAGAGGACGAAAAAGAUAAUGGUCCGAAAACGAUACCAACGAUGGUACCUCCUACGAAUAUCCCUCCGUUAAUACCACCUAGAGACUCGAGGGACCGUGAAAGAGAUAGAGAAAGAGAACGGGAUCGCGACAGAGAACUAGAUUCAAUGGGAAGAGAGAGAGAAAGAGAUAAGGAUAGAGAUCGCGAUCGUGAAAGAGAAAAGGAUUCAAUGAUCAGGGAACGAGAAAGAGAACGAGACUCGAUGUCACGAGACGAAGAAAGAGAUCGUGACAGGUCCCGAUCCCAAUAUCGACACAAAGACCGACAUCGGCACCGAUCGAGAUCACGAUCUCGUAGGCACAAAUCCAGGUCUAGAAGUCCGAGUCGACGUAAGAAGAAAUCUAGACGCUCCGAGAGAGAACGUUCUAAAGAAGAAAGCGAAUAAAUAUUAAAGAAUUAUUUUUAAAAAACGUCUGUUGCCAUAUUGGCACAUUCAAAUUUAAUAUGCUGAUUCUUUUAAUAACGUCGUUUUUUCAUUGUUACCAUCAAGGAUAGACGGUGGUAGAAUAAUCCAGUGCGAUUAACGAGGAGUAGCUGCAAUAAAUGACUCGUGUCACGAGAUUAUCGCUUGGCACUCUUCGAUAUUCUUUGUUCAAAUCAGCAAUUUCUAGCCAACAAAUGAAUUAUAUACAGUAUACAAUAAACUUUAUGUUUAACGAUACGAAAAUUUCCAUUGCUGUUUAAUAUUAAUACACUGUCGAUACAUGCCUACGAGUGUAGAACCAGGCACGGGAUGUGAAAUUCACCGAGACUUGCCAUUCAAUGUAUGGUUUUAUAUCAUAAUGUUAUUACAGAAAUGGUAUUUUAUAAUAAUUAAAAGUAAUAAUAGUUUGUUGGUAAAUCA